AUGCGUGAGGAUCAUAACCUCAAAUUUAUUGAUGCUGGACGUUUUAAAUUGAGGAGCAGAUUCUGGAUUCCUAAAGGAAGAACUGAAGUCAAACGAAUGAUAAACAGAUGUCGUGUCUGUAAGCGUUGGAACUCCACAUCGUUCAAACUACCGCCGGUGGCAAGUCUUCCUGAAACUCGCAUCAUCCGAUCUAGGCCCUUUGCACAUGUUGGUGUGGAUUACUUUGGCCCACUCUUGAUUAAAGGUAAUAAUAUGUCAACAAAAAGGAACGUACAACUAGAAACUCCCACUGGGAAACUUCUUGACCGUCCAAUAAAUGUCCUGUAUCCCCUUGAAGUUGAAGAUGAAGACGACCAUCUCGAACUUAAUAAUAAGGAAAGCACAAAAAUCCUGGAAACUGAACAAGAUACAGGGAAAUCCCAGGAACCCAUUGCAAUUCGAACUAGAAGCAGCACGAAACGAAAACUUCAAUCAAAAGCUGCGAGUUUGUUGCUACAAAGAAGUGACGUGACAGAAAAAAGGGUAGACGGGAGAUUAUUGAUUGCCCCGUGUAAGUCCGAUUCACUUAAUCUAAAGAUUAUUGAAUUCAAAGGCGGAUUAAUAAGCAAACUUGAAAUUGAUAGAAUUAAUGCGGCAUUAGAAGUACUGGCUCAGAAUCAGCAGCUGAUCAAUCCAAUUCUCAAGCCACGAGAAACAUCGAAUGUUUGGAACGAACUCAGUCAACAAGGACAAGAAUUAUCAGAACAGUUCAUGGAAGAAUUCGAAAGACGACA